AAGGUCGCAGCGCACUUCGCUGUUAACACGCGCGCGAGAGACGCAGUCGACGUAUUCUUUUUUUAAAUUUUAAUUGUUUUAAGUGAUUAUGGAUUGUCUGUGACUGGGAUACAGAUUAAUGUAAGUUUAUUUUUUUGUAGGUGGCCGUUGUAUUUGUGACUUACUUAUUCAACGUUAGAGAUUCCAAAAUGGCGGAGGAAGUGCCAACCGUCAAUCUGGAUGACACAGGAUCACAGGCAGCUUCAACUUCUGUAGCGGGAAGUAACCGUGAUUCGCUAAAUAGUUUACUUAACAAACCCAAUGACAACAAAAACUGCCUGAAGGAUUGCACUCUAGGAACACGGUACUCUAUGAUCUGUGACGAUGUCAGAAAGGAGACUAAAAGAAAGAGUUUCUGUUGUAAUACCACAUCCCAAACAGUUUGGGGUGUGAUUCUGAUAUCUUUAUCGAUAAGUGGAUUCAUUUUCACACCUCAAGACUUAAUGCUGUGGGAGAAACUUAAUAUGAGACCUGGUUUACCACCAUAUGACUGGUGGUCAGACCCACCUGAUCAGGUGAGGAUGAGAAUGUACGUCUUCAACGUGACCAACCAUGAGAGGUUUCUCUCUGGCGCUGAUGACAAAAUUAAUGUAGAGGAAAUUGGACCAAUUGUAUAUUUAGAAAAAUUACUGCAUUAUAAUAUAACUUUUAACGAUAACGGAACUAUGACAUACACAGCCAAGCGAUUUCUUAUAUAUCUACCGGAGGAGAAUACUAUUAAUCUCAACUCUACAAUAAUUAUACCUAAUUUGGCAGUACUGGGAAUAGCAUCCCGGAUCCACAAUGAAAACUUCUUUAUACGGGGUGGCUUCUCAAUAAUGGUCAGGACACACUCGGCCGAGCUGUUUGCAAAGAAAACUAUAUAUCAAUUUAUGUGGGACAAUCAGGACUCUGUGUUGGAAACCACAAACGCAUUAGCGCACAACAUGGUGCCUACUACCAACAUGGGCGUGCUAUUUAGUAUAUAUACGGACUUUACAGACGAUGUUACUGUGAAGAUUGGACCUCAAUGGGGACAUCACAACUUCUUCAAGAUCGAUCAAUACGGGCGAAAAUUACAGUUAAAGGGAUAUGAUUUAAAUACCUGUCCAGAUACCUUGACUGGGUCUACCGAGGGUGUGAUGUAUCAUCAACGUUUGUCAAAAGAUGAUGUUCUUUUGUACUUGAGAAAGUCUGUAUGCCGAGCCAUGCCUUUGAGUUUUGAUCAGGAAGUGAUCAUAGACAACGUGCCCGUGUACAGAUACAAUCUGUCAGAUCACGCGUUUGAUAGAAUAAAUGGCACAGACUGUUACGAUUCCAAACCUUCUUUACCGAAUGGAUUCAGUGAUACUUCGAAAUGCUACGACGAUUUGCCAAUGGUUGCAUCGUACCCGCAUUUCUACACCGGACAUCCACCGAAGGACACCUAUGUAACUGGCCUUAUCCCGGACAAGGAAAAGCAUAAUUCUUAUGUACUUGUUGAACCGCUAACAGGAACACCAUUCAGGGCUGUUGCCAGGAUGCAAUGCAACUUUCAAGUGCAAAACUUAUCAGCAUUCAGUGAUCCAAAUUUUCAUAAAUUUUCCAAUCUCAUAAUACCUCUUAGCUGGAUCGAAUAUAGUCAAGAAGGUCUUCCCUGGUAUAUAAAAUACUUCAUCUACUUUUUAGUAGUUAUUCUACCUCCCCUUACUACGCUCCUCCUGACAGGGACACUAAUUUUAGGCUUUUAUUUUGCCGUAAAACAAAUUUAUAGGAAAAAGUGCGUGCGAAGAAAAUUUGUUACUAAAGUAUUCGAAACCGAGAAAUUUCUGAAAGUAACAAACUAAUACAAUGAUUGAAAUCCAAUCCAAUGGGGAACAAAAAAACGUACAAUCAGAAAUAAAUAAAUCAGUGGCGACUGGCGCUACAACCACUUUUAGGUCGGGGCCUCAGUUUUCUGCAUCUGUUUAUCAAUAAAAUAGGCAAGUAGGUGAUCAGUCUUCUGUGCCUGACACUCACCGUCUUUUUGGGCCUAAGACACGUCGGAAUCCUCACGAUGUUUUCCUUCACCGUUCGAGCGAAUGUUAAUGCGCACAUAGAAAGAAAGUCCAAUGGUGCAUAGCUGGGGAUUUAAUGUACAACUUUAGGGAUGAGAGUCGCGCUCUGAAGCUACUCGGCCAACACUACUCUAAUCUGCGAAUAUCAUCAAUACACCAAAUAUAAGUGGCCGAGAUCACUAAAAAGUAAUUUCAAAUUUUGUUCUGGUUUUUUAAUGAAAUUGUGAAUAUUAAUAGAAAUUUUUUUUGUUUAUGUUUUUAGUAUAACUAAACGUAGUUGAGUGGAAAACAACAUUUGAGUGUACACUAGUAGGAUAGUAAUUAAAUUAAUUGAAUAAUAAGUUUUAACACUGGUAUUGGAAUCGUGUAAUUGUGUAAUGCUAUAGCCAGUGGCGUAUAUCUGGGGCCCGUGGCAAAUCUUUUUUCGUGGCAAUUCUUUUGAUGGGGCCCUAUCAGUAAAAUCGUCCCUUCUGAGAUUAAUUUUAAUAAACUUCGAGAUUUUCAGCGUACUCAAUUUAACACGUUGUAUAUGUCCCACUAAUGGCCAUAGGCGAGAGGGAAUGGUCAGUAGUCCCCAUGUUAGCCCGAUGCGUAUUGGAGACUUCACAUUCAUCCAUAGAGCAUUAUAUAUCUCUUGGUCAGGGGCCCUCUUGGGUCGGGGGCCCGUGGCAUUUUGCCAGCACUGCUACUCUACUGUUAUGCCACUUCCUAUAGCUUUGAAAUUACUUUAAUGAUUCGUGAAGACAAAACAACAAUCCACCCACACGUUCAUUGUGGUCUAGAACUAUAACUCUAUCCUAUCCCGAUUCCCCAGACUGUUAUUCAGAGAUGGUGUGAAGUCUGUGUUAAGUAUCUAAUGAAAAACCUCUAAAGUUCUAGGGACUAAGAGACUGAAGAUAAGUGUUUUUUAGCUUGAUUUUUAUACUUUUUUAUUUGCAUAUAUUAUAGAAAUUCAUUAAAGAAUUUAGGAUAGAAGUUAAGAAUAUGUGUAAUAGUUAAAUUGCGGAUCUAACUACCGUAGCACGAACAUACACUUAACUUAAUUGUGAACGUAAUAGGUAUCUAGUAACAUUUUGUAUGAAAAACUUAAACAGCGCUCCGUGGGUGUAUUUUGAACUAAAUGGAAGAACAAACUUAUAUAUUGUGGGGAUAUAAUUUUAUUUAUAGGAAAAAUAACUUAACUAAUGCCAACGAUAAUAUAAUUAUGUAACACUAUAUGGAAAUGGAAUUAAUUUUAUAGGCAAUCGAUACAUUCGAGCUGUCAGAAAUUGACUAAAUCAAAUUGAAAUAUACGAAUACUGGAAAGAUUUUGUCGUAAGCUUCGUACGAGGGAAUUUAUGAUUUAAAGGAUACUAUUAAAUGAAUAUAAUAUAAAGGAUAGUGAGAGAACGCUAGUUUUAAUACAUACCGUGGGUACCUCAUGAAACCUAAUUGUGAUACAAUGCUUAUUCUUUCUACAAAAAUGAUUUACUAAUUUCAUACUGGUGAUUGUUCCUAAUAUAUUGUGUAAUAAGUGAUAAAUAAAUAUUUAGUGCAUCA